AUGUCCCGAGGCUCCGACUUGAUGUUGCCUCAACAGCAUGAUGCGCCCAGUAUUGAGGCUAUGCGGAUUCGUAUGCUAGAUGGAGUGUGUCACGGCCAAACCAUUCGCGAUUGCUACCUGGAGGUUUUAUCUAUUUUGGUCCUGAUCGCUUGGCCCGGUGUCUGCAGUCAUGACAAGUCCGGGUUUCGCAAACACUUCUUACAGCGCCCGUAUCAUGACCUUGAUGAUCCAAACCUGCCAUUGGCCAACGAACGGUUGGCUUUCCUGAAGGAAUAUGCUAUCAGCUUCCGCGAAAAUACAUACGCCUUCUGCCCCGUCACAAUCGAAGAGCGUGAAGUCUCUUCUAUUCAAGAGGUUGCGGCAGAUCGACCACUUCCGUUCACGGAGGACGAGUUGCCAUUGAGAGAAGGGGCGUCUGGGAAGGAGAUGUACGUGGCAUGCAAGACAUUCCAUGUGGCAGGGAAUUUUCGAAGAGCAUUUCGAAGACUCGGAUGGGUCAAAGAGCCCAAAGAGGAUACGCGGAUCAUGGAAAAUAUUGCUGCCCUAGCACACCGACGCAAUGUCAUGAUACUGCUUCCCAUGGCCGAGCAUUUUGAUCUUGAUGUGUUCCUCCGCCACGAUUUCAAGCCCAGACGCGACACAUUGGAAGCCGAAAAGCUAUACAACUUAGACAUCAGGUUCCCAGAUUUGAAAGAUGACGGGGUCAAUCUGCGCGUACAACAGCCAGCAGCUAUCUCGACGAGCCGCGACGAGGCUGCGGGACCUACCAACCACCCGAAAUUAAGCAACUUGGAAUUGACGGACACAAGACGAACGGAACUCUGGAAAGAAGUCCGAACAUUGAGAAACUGUGGAGGAGAUGACUACUUCUAUGAAACAAACGUCAGUAGUACCAAUACGAAAUUGAAAACGCAGAUGAGACAAUGGCUCAAGGACCAGAAGCGGAGUGCAAAGAAUCCGCGUUGGGUUCGAUGUUAUAUCGACAUCAUUGAGUCGACCUUGAAAUGUGAUCCACAAGAUCGCCCAAAAAUCGGAUCCGUUGUGUGUGCUCUAUCGAAUCUUCUGCAAGGUAAGGAAGCCGCUAUCCACCACUUCCCACCGUUGCUGAUCGAUCGUUGGAGAGCGUUAUCCUUAGUGACGAGGCCAAGCACUAUGCUGACGGAAGCAGAUACCACCGCCUUUGUUUCCGAGUCAGCGUCAGGGCGGCCUGACAAUAACACGGCUGGGUUCGGCCAGGUGCACGAAGUGGAGAGCAAAGAUGUGGGAGAGGUCUCCGUGGACAGCGAAACUUCAUUUGAUACAGACACCGCUUCGCUACCGACUUCGGAAGCGAUCAUAUCCUAUUCGCGGCAGUCAGAACAUGCAGGAUCGCAAUUUGACUCUCGUGACGGCUUCGGCCGACAAGAUCGCGAUUCUGUAUUGACGAAUGGUUCUAGCUCGAUUAUAAUUGCACUGUGUCCAGAACCGCCUUUCCCCUUUCCUACUCAUCUCUCUCACAGAUUGGGGACGCAAAGCUUGCAAGAUCGACCCUUCAGCGUUGACGAUGCUUCUACAAACUUUUACCUCUGGUGCUAUCCCAAUGCUCCAGCCUGCGUCGAUUAUGAAAGGCACUACGGGCUGACCUCUAUCGUACAGCCGAAAGACCAGACCGACCAAAACCCCAAGUCGAGGCAGGACUUGGCGAUCCCCGGUCUUCUUCACGCUUGUAUCACAUCGCGUAAUUCUCUCAUAUACGUUGUCAAACCAUCUAUCCUGUCGCGUCGCCGAGAAGCUCGAUUCGAGGAACGUCUUCUCACGUCCGAACAAGAUCGACCCAAAUGGAUUUCGAAGAAAGCCACCACACAUGGCGCGGUUGGAAGCAAAUGGGAGAACACUGCUAUUGCUGUAGCUGCGCAAAGCGAAUCUACUGAAUUAAUUACUCUAUGCCCGUUCAAGAGAAACAUGGCGGAGGUCGUUAAGUACAAAAUCGACUAUGAAUGGCGCUUAUCAUUCAGCAUAGAAGAAACUAGCACAAGAGCAAGAAAUGGUACCUCUAUAGCAACGCGGACCUACUUCAAAGGCAGCACUCCUUCAUAA